GUUACAAGAUGAAUUUUUAAGUCUGCAAAAAGAAAUGAAAUUGACACUAGAAGAAAACAAGGCAAUUAAUAAUAAAAGUGUAGAAGCCAUCGAAAAAGCUAACAAAAUGGUUCAAAAGCAGCAGAAAGAAAUUGAAGAAUUAAAAAUGAAAUUAGAAGCCCAAACAUCAAACAAUUUAUAUAGAAAUCUUAAAGAAAAAUCCAGAAAUAACUUGAAGGAAUGGACUAAUCAAUUGGAAUCUGAAUUAGAUAAUUAUAGGCAAGAAUAUACUAGACUCCAUUAUGAAGCUUCAACUCUUAAAUCACAACUUGAGUAUAAUGAAAUAGAACAUAAAAGAACUGUUGAAGGAUUAAAACUUCAGUAUGAAUCAGAGAUAACAAAUUUGCAAAACAAAAUUGAUGAUCUAUUAAUGGAGAAACAUCACGAAAAUAAACAGGAAGGACAGCAAUUACAUAUUUUACAGAAAGAAAAUGUUCAAUUACAAUCAAAAAUAAAAGGACUUUCAACAGAACUGGAAGAGUUACAAAAAGUAAAAGAAAAAGUGGGGUUACGUACCGAUAACGUCGUACGAUUACAAACAAAACAACUGACGGAACACGAAAUUAACAUUCGAACUCUCGAGUCAGAAAUAAAAUCAUGUGAGUUGCAGAAAGAAGCAACCGAAAAAGAGUUGUCCCUGUGUUACGAAAAUAAUAAAAUUUUAACAUCAGAAUUACAGUCUACAAAGAAAGAAUUAAUUUUAAUUAAAAAUCAAUUGGAAGAAGUUAAACAAAAGUGUCAGAUUGAAUUAGCGAAUAUUAAAGUCGAAAAUUUGAGGAAUAAGGGAAAAUUAGAAAGGGACAAAAGCCAACUUAAUAUAGAACUUUCUAGUAAGUUUUUUCUUUUAAUUUUCUUAAUAAUUAUAUAUUAAAUUUAUUGAUAUUCAUUUUAUGUAAUUCAAUAUAUACAUAUAUAAACAUCUUAAAGACUGAUGAUUGUAUCAAAGUUAAACAAUUAUCAGACUAAAUCGGCCUAAGAGAUGGUGCCUAAUACUUACCUCUAGUGCCAAAUUACUAAUAUUUAAUAAUUAUUAGUAGUGGAAACAUAGCUUGAUAUAAUCCGGUUAUCAUUUGGCUUUCAUACACUGCUAAACUAUUUAAUCACAAGUAAUUAUUGUCAUGUGGAUGGAUAUGAUCAUUACAGUUGUGGAUGUGGAAAAGUUAAAAGUUUGU